AUGAGGGUUCUAAACUCAGAAUUAAGUACGCAAUACGGAUGGCCCCGGACUGUAAAGUUGUGGGGGCCAUAUGACCCUCAAAUUCGGAGGGAUCUCAACCGAGUUCGGUACCAUACAAAUUGCCGCAAGGAUAAAAAUUGCCAGGUCUUCCUUCAAUACCGUCAGAUGCUCGCUAGUCCUCACAGCGCGGAUAUUCUUGAUAUUGCGUCCCGGUCCUGCAUGAUUUGCCAUAAGAACUGCCCCUCUUCUUUUCGCAACUGUCUUCUGCCGACUAUCAGUGAUGGUGGAGCAUGUGGUGACAACGUUUCUGCCCCGUUCAGAAACGCGACAAACACUGCCGGUACCAACCCCGCUAGUACUAACCCCACUAGUACUAACCCUGCUUGUACCAACAGAGUUUGUAUAGGCAUACCACAGGGGCAUCCACUCUCUGCCAUGGCCUGUGAGUGGUACCAUGCCGGUCAUGACAAGAAGUUGAAAGAGGUCAUGCCUCAAAUACUAUUGCUAACACGACAUGUAGACGACAUUUUCAUUAUUCUACAGGGUUCGCAGAAGUCAACCACACAAGAGGCGCGGUUGUCAGAACCGCUGCCGAGACAGAAGUCGCUGCCGAGGCAAAAAUCACGUCGAGGGGAGGAGUUUAGCACUGAGCCGGAGGUGGAAGCGAUAAAGCGCGCGCUUAUAGAGAACGUGGCGCGAAUAUACAGAACUCCCGUCAACACGGAUAAGUUAAACUUGGCUCGAAUUGUGGUGACGGACUCGAAUCCUGAAGACCGAAAUCCCAGCGACCUAGGCACUCCUGCUGACGACCAAGUGGCCCCGUGUGUCACCUGGUUAAACCGAACAAUUUCUAUUCAACUAAGUCGAUUCUCAAGUGGACAGCCGGACUUUGCUAAAUUUGAACUCCUCUCUGGCCAGCCAGCUAGGUAA